ACUCCAGCGGCCCCCAGCAGGAAGAGCCCCUCAAGAACCCAGAGGACCCUUCCUCCAGGAACAAAGAUGGAGGAAGAUUAUCAGAACAACUCGACUGAGUAUUACGACACGGACUAUGACGACGCCAUCUUGGUACUGGAGGACAUGUCCCCCCGCGAAGGCAGGGCGGCCAGGAUCUUCCUGGUGGUCAUCUACAGCCUCAUCUGCUUCCUGGGCAUCCUGGGCAACGGCGUGGUCAUCGUCAUCGCCACGUUCAAGAUGAAGCGGACGGUGAACACCGUGUGGUUCCUCAACCUGGCGGUGGCCGACUUCCUGUUCAACCUCUUCCUGCCGCUGCACAUCGCAUACACGGCCCUCGACUACCACUGGGUCUUCGGCACGGCCAUGUGCAAGAUCAGCAACUUCCUGGUCAUCCACAACAUGUACACCAGCGUCUUCCUGCUCACGGCCAUCAGCUUUGACCGCUGCGUCUCGGUGCUGCUGCCGGUGUGGGCCCAGAACCACCGCAGCGUGCGGCUGGCCUAUACCGCCUGCCUGCUCAUCUGGGUCCUGGCCUUCUUCCUCAGCUCCCCGUCCCUCGUCUUCCGGGACACGGCCCUGAUGCACGGGAGGGUCUCCUGCUUCAACAACUUCAGCCUGUCGGCCGCCCCCGCCCCCCCGGGGCUUGGCCACGCCGCCCCCGGCACCGUGGGGUUCAGCCGACAACUGGUGGUGACCGUCACGCGCUUCCUCUGCGGCUUCCUGGUCCCCGUCCUCAUCAUCUCCGUCUGCUACGCCACCAUCGUCUGCAAGCUGCGCCGGAACCGCCUGGCGAAGAACAAGAAGCCCUUUAAGAUCAUCGUCACCAUCAUCGUCACUUUCUUCCUCUGCUGGUGCCCCUACCACACGCUCUACCUCCUGGAGCUGCACCACCGCGCCCUGCCCGGCCUGGUCUUCAGCCUGGGCCUGCCGCUGGCCACCGCCAUCGCCAUGGCCAACAGCUGCGUGAACCCCAUCCUCUACGUCUUCAUGGGGCAGGACUUCAAGAAGUUCAAGGUGGCCCUCCUCUCCCGCCUGGUCAACGCGCUGAGCGAGGACACCGGCCACUCCUCCUACCCCAGCCACCGGAGCUUCACCAAGAUGUCCUCCGUGAACGAGCGGUCCUCCGUGAACGAGCGAGAGACCGGCGUGCUCUGAGCC